CAGUAUGACAUGCAGAUGAGUGCCGUCGAUCUUAGAAUCACCGCACACUUCACUCAUUUGGCCAGUCACGGGACCAAAACCAGUGUUUGGAGCCACAGUGUGGCGGUGGAGGCAGCAGCAAUGGGAGGCCAUACAGCACCCUGUGACAAAAUGGAACCCACCAGCAGUGUGAGAGGACCUGAAAGUGGCACAUGGCAGAGUGUGGCGAUGGAGACAGCAGCAAUGGGAGGCCGUACAGGGACCCAUGAGAGACUGUGGACCUGGCAGCAGCAUGAGGAGGCGGUAUAGGGGCCCAUGGCAGAUUAGGGGCCUGGCAGCAGCUAUGGGAGGCCCGUAAUCUGCCAGCACCCUAUGACAAAAAAUGGAACACACCAGCAGUGUGAGGAGACCUGAAAGUGGCACAU